GAUUCGUUAAGGAAAAGAAAUGGCAAAUAGAAAAGAAAAUGAAAAAAUUGGGGGAAAAUGGUGAGCGACCAAUUCAAAGCGAGGUUCUCGCGAAGCAGAGCCGAAUCUGAAAUCGUAGUGUGAGAGGAGAGAGAAGAGAGGACGCUGACCGACUAUGGCGAUGCUAGAAAGCAUUGUCGUUUUCACUCUCCUUCUCCUUAUGUUGAUCCUUAUCAUUAUCCUCAUUCUCUUCGCCUUCAAACCAUGGCGUUUCUUCUCCUCCCUUUUCUCUUUCCCUUCUCGUUCUCGCUCCAUCAAGGUUGAAGACGUAGAGAGGCCUCUAGUAUCAGAUGAUGUCAAUCACAGUCAAGAUCAAAGCAAUGAUUUGACAAGAAAUUAUGACUUAGAGGGUGCGUGUUACCAAAGUGAAGCUCUUUUGCGCUCACCUCGUAAUAAGGGACUUGUUCACAAACAGCGGCUACCCUCUGCAUCUCCCCAUCAGGGUGAUAGCUUGGUUCUAGAAAUAUCUGAUCCUUCAGAGGAUCUUUUGGUUGGUCAGACGCUAAAGCACCCAUUGGCGACAGAGCACCUAAUUGAAGCGCUAAAACUUGGUAGGCCUGAAAAUCAAAAUGAAAACAGUAUACAAGAGUUUGUGCCCAAAGUUAUCAGUGAUCAACGAAGUUGCCUCUCUCUUGAGGUUGUCUCUGGUCCUUCUCGUGGAAUUCGCUGUUCUGUGCAGUCAACAAACCCUUCAAGGUUGCCGUUGACCCUAGGGAGAGUUUCUCCGAGUGAUUUAUUAUUGAAGGAUGCAGAGGUUUCCGGAAAGCAUGCAAUGAUAACUUGGAAUUCAAAUAAACUGAAAUGGGAGCUGGUAGAUAUGGGUAGCCUCAAUGGAACGCUACUGAAUUCUCAACCAAUUAAUCAUCCUGAUUCUGGAAGUAGGCAAUGGGGCCAUCCAACGGAACUUGCAAGUGGAGACACAAUAACACUUGGCACAACCUCAAACAUACAAGUUCGUAUUUUAUCCCAAAAUGAGUGCAUGGUACCUUUUGGAGUUGGUAUGAUUUCGGACCCUAUGUCGUUGCGUCGAGGGGGAAAGAAACUUCCCAUGGAAGAUGUUUGCUAUUACCAAUGGCCUCUUCCCGGCAUUGAUCAGUUUGGAGUGUUUGGUAUCUGUGAUGGGCAUGGUGGUGUUGAGGCUGCCAAAUCUGCGAGCAAGAUUCUGCCAGAGAUGCUUGCUACCAUUUUAUCGGAUUCUGUUAUAAGAGAGAGGGUUUUGUCACAGCAUGAUGCCUCAGAUGUUCUUAAAGAUGCAUUCCUUCGAGCAGAAGCGAGCAUGAAUAACUAUUAUGAGGGCUGUACUGCAACAGUUCUUCUUGUUUGGGCUAAUGCUGACGAAAAUUUCUAUGCACAAUGUGCAAAUGUUGGGGAUUCAGCAUGUCUUAUGAAUGUCGGAGGUAAGCAGAUUAAGAUGACAGAAGACCAUAAAAUAAGUAGUUAUUCUGAAAGACUCCGAAUGGAAGGAAUGGGGGAGCCAUUAAGAGAUGGGGAGACACGUCUAUGUGGUUUGAACCUCGCAAGGAUGCUUGGAGACAAGUUUGUGAAGCAGCAAGAUUCACGCUUUAGUUCUGAGCCUUUUAUAAGUGAAUCUGUGCAUAUCAAUCAAACAAGUGGGGCAUUUGCACUGCUGGCUAGCGAUGGGUUCUGGGAUGUUGUUACUGCUAAGAAGGCAAUCCAGUUAGUUGCUCAGGAGAGGGAGAAAGAGUUGAUGGCAGAGUCGGAGAAGGAGAAUUUGGCAGAGAAGAUUGCGAAUGUUUUGUUGAAUGAGGCUAGAACACAGCGAACGAAAGAUAACACCUCAAUUAUUUUCUUAGAUUUUGACAGUACAUCUAGAAGAAUAUCUUGUAAAGUUGAUGAUCCCUAGUUCUUUUUUCUUUUUCUUUUAAAGGAUUUUAUAAUUUAGUGUGAAAAACUAUAUAUUAAUUAUUUCAAAUGUAAUGCUCAUUUCUAGCUUGAACUUA